CUUACAGUUUACAGAAAUUAAAAUUCAUUUCCACCAUGUUCAGUAAAGACGAUGCUCGUACUGUUCUUGGCAUCAUAGGCAACAUCGUAUCUCUGAUCUUGUUCGUGUCUCCUUUGCCGACGUUCAGGCGGAUAUGGAAGAAGAGGUCGGUGGAGGAGUACUCGGCGGCGCCGUAUUUAGCGACGUUUGUAAACUGCGGGCUGUGGGUACUAUACGGACUGCCUAUGGUACACCCCCACAGCACGCUGGUCGUUACAAUUAACGGCGCCGGGUUUGUCAUCGAGAUUCUCUAUUUGUCGAUGUUUUUGGUGUUCGCCGGCGGCGGUAAGAAGCGGCUGACGGUGGCGGCGAUACUGGCGGCGGAGUGCGCUUUUCUCGGCGUUCUCGCCGCCUUGGUGCUCAGUUUGGCGCGUACCACCAAACUCCGGUCGACCGUCGUCGGCAGCAUCUGCAUCGCCGGCAACAUUCUGAUGUACGCAGCGCCGUUGUCUGUCAUGAAAAUGGUAAUCGUGACAAAAAGCGUGGAGUAUAUGCCAUUUUUCGUCUCUCUUUUCUCCUUCUUCAACGGGCUUUGUUGGAGUGCUUAUGCUUUCAUCCGUUUCGACCCAUUUAUUCUUGCUCCAAAUGCAAGUGGAACUCUUCUUGGGCUGGCCCAAUUGAUAUUAUAUGCUACAUUUUACAAAUCCACUAAAAAAAUAUUGGCAGAUCGUAAAGCCCAAUCAGAAGUGGGCCUGGUGUCCAAAAGAGGCACAUAUGGUGGAGCUUAA